UUUCUUUCUUCACAUCUGCUUCUUCUUUCAUUCUUUAUUUCUCUUCUUUCUUUCUUUAUUUCUUCAUCUCUUCACAUCGGUGCUUCUUGCUUUCUUCUUCAAACUGAACACAACACUCUGCACAUGGAGCUCACAGCUCUCAUGAGGUCUUUGUCUCACAGCUUCUAGCCCAGUCUAUUGCAGUUUUGGUUGCUCUAUUAGUCUCUCAUCUCUUUCAGUCCAACAGACCUCUCUCAGAGGAGAGAGACGAUUGCCGAUCUAGCAGGUUUAUUCUUCCCUUCAUUUCGUUUGGGCUCUAAAGGAGAGAGAAACUCGAGUCGGGUUCCCUUCUUUUCUUUGCUAGUCUGUGGCUGAAAGCUAUGGAGAAAACAAGAAUGUGAGGAACUCACGCAAGUGAAAUGAAUGUAGAGAGACAAUAACGUUCUGACACAUAAACUAUGAAUAGUGUUAAAGUGGCUUUAAAAAGCCAUGAGUUAUGGAGUGACAAACGCACUGAUGCGUGGGUUAGCUGAAAAUUGAGCUGUAGAUGUGGUACAUGAUAUGGAAACAUUUCAUACUGAUAUGGGCAGUGUACUCGUCCUUCUUCACUCCCCUCGAGUUUGGAUUCUUCAGAGGCCUCCCAGAGAACCUCUUCCUCCUCGACAUUGCUGGCCAGUUCGCCUUUCUCAUCGACAUUGUCAUUCGCUUCUUCGUCGCCUAUCGUGACUCCCACUCCUACCGCAUUGUCUCCAACCGUAAUCUCAUUGCACUUCGCUACAUUAAGUCUCGCUUCUUCUUUGAUUUACUCAGUUGUUUUCCCUGGGAUGCUAUCUUCAAGGUUUCUGGUAGACGCGAGCUAGUGAGGUAUCUGUUAUGGAUUAGGCUAAGUCGAGCGCUCAGAGUGACAGAGUUUUUUGAGAAGUUGGAGAAAGAUAUUCGGAUAAAUUACCUUGCUACGAGAAUUCUGAAACUUUUUGUUGUUGAACUCUAUUGCACGCAUACGGCUGCCUGCAUCUUUUACUAUCUUGCUACAACCGUGCCUGCUGCAAAUGAAGGUUACACAUGGAUAGGAAGUUUGAAGAUGGGUGACUACACUUAUUCACACUUCAGAGAAAUUGAUCUCUGGAAGCGUUAUGUGACAUCUCUCUAUUUUGCCAUUGUUACCAUGGCAACUGUUGGUUAUGGAGAGAUACAUGCAGUCAAUGUCAGGGAGAUGAUAUUCAUCAUGAUUUAUGUUUCAGUUGACAUGAUUCUGGGUGCUUAUCUGCUUGGUAACAUCGCAGCAUUAAUAGUAAAAGGGUCAAAGACAGAAAAAUUUCGGGAUAAAAUGUCUGAGCUUAUCACAUAUUUGAAUAAAAACAAUAUUGAUAGGCAAACAAGUAAGGAGAUCAAAGGUCAUCUGCGAUUACAGUAUGAACGCAGCAUAACAGAAGGUGCUUUGCUUCAGGACAUUCCAGCCUCUAUUCGCACUAAGAUUUCACAGAACUUAUAUGAGCAGCAUGUUAAAGGAGCUUCUCUUUUCAAGGAGUGUUCUGAGGGAUUCAUCAAGCAGAUUGCAGCCCGAGUCCAUGAGGAGUUUUUUCUCCCAGGAGAAGUGAUUAUAGAACAGGGAAAAGUAGUAGAUCAACUUUAUAUCAUAUGUCACGGUGAAGUGGAGGAGGUAGGAAAGGUGGAUGAUGAUGAAACAGAAGAAUGUGUUAUGCGUUUGCAAGUCAAUAAAUCAUUUGGCGAGGUUUCUUUUCUUUGCAAUACUCCUCAGCCUUAUACAGUUCAAGUUCUUGAUCUAUGUAGGGUCUUGCGACUUGAUAAACAAUGUCUUAAAGAAGUUCUGGGGAUCUGUUUCUCUGAUGGGCGGAUUAUCUUAAACAAUCUCCUUGAGGGAAAGGACUCCAAUCUCCAAAGAAAGAUUUUGGAAUCAGAUAUCACACUGUAUAUUGCACAGCAAGAAUCAGAGCUGGCUAUGAGGCUUAAUUGUGCGGCCUAUGAUGGAGAUAUUUAUCGACUAAAACGUUUGAUCAACGCAGGAGCCAAUCCCAAUAAGACAGAUUAUGAUGGAAGAUCGCCUUUGCAUGUUGCUGCAUCCAAAGGAUAUGAAGAUAUUACUCUUUUCCUUAUUGAGCAGAGAGUGGAUGUCAGCAUUUCAGAUAAGUUUGGAAACACUCCCUUGCUUGAAGCCAUCAAGAAUGGGCACGAUCAAGUAGCUUCUCUACUCGUUAAGGCAGGGGCAGCACCUACAAUUGAUGAUGCCGGUAGUUUUCUCUGUAUGAUUGUUGCAAGGAGGGACUUCGAGUUUUUAAAAAGGGUUUUGUCCAAUGGCAUUAAUCCAAAUGCCAAAAAUUAUGAUUGUCGAACACCACUUCACAUAGCUGCCUCAGAAGGGUUAUAUUCAGUGGCAGAAUUACUUCUAGAAGCAGGAGCAAGUGUUCUGUCAAAGGACAGAUGGGGAAAUACUGCACUGGAUGAUGCCCUUAUUGGCGGAAAUAAGAAUUUGAUCAAGCUGCUCAAAGUUGCAAGAACUUCUCAGUUGUCUGGGUUAUCUGAUUGUUCUCAAGAAAUUCGAGAUGAAAUGCGACAGAAGAAAUGCACAGUGUUUCCCUUUCACCCAUGGGAUCCCAAAGAGGAGAGAAGAGAGGGAGUGGUGUUGUGGGUUCCAAAAAGCAUUCAAGAGCUCAUCAAUGCAGCAAGGGAACAGUUGAAAUGUCCAAGUGGGAAUACUAUUUUAUCAGAAGAUGGAGGCAAAAUUCUUGACAUAAACAUGGUUACCAACGAUCAGAAGAUAUAUUUGGUUAGUGAAGUAUAAACUGAAACAAUUAUCUUAACCAAACAUAUUGGUUAUGUGUAGCACUAAGCAAUUUCAGAACUUCUAAACGUUGGGCAUGUUAUAUUGUAUAUAUGUACACAGAAGUAAAAACACACACAUAUACGUGCUUGUGUGUGUGUGUAUAUCUAUAAACAUAAUGAUUCUAAAUAUUACCAAAUAAUUUUGACUUGGAAGAA